AGGAGUAUUUCGGCCACACACCUCUAUGAUGUCAUCAUUGAACAUAAUUUUAGCCAAUAGGAAUUGAUCAUUUCUUGCACUCCCAUAUAUAUUUACAUGAGCCCCAUGUGCUUGGCAUCAGUUGAGGAAACUGGCAAAAGGAUCACUUCUCUGAAGAGAGUUAGAUGGGGAAGAUCUAUAGUUUGUUGAAAUUGAAUUAUUUAGCUGAGAUUUUGAAGAAAGAGUUUUGUGAAGGAGUUUUAAUGAAUCUAACAGAUUCUGCAUUCAGAAAUCAACACAAAUUUCACAAAGAUUUCAGGACUAUAAACUUAUAACAAAUAACAGAUUCUGUUAUUAAUCAAAAAGGAAUUGAUCUCAUAUUUUUAUAUUAUAUUUAUUAAACACAUAUUUAAAAAGGAAAGAUGGGUAGAAUCGAAACUACAAGUGUACCAGAACAGUUGCCAGUGACAUUUCUCAAGCAGGCGAGGUUAGCCCACAGUACGAAAACAGCCGUUGAGGCCAACCUGGCAUCCCUAAAUGUCAUACAUGGGGACAUGGACAAACUCGCUCCAAAAGUCAGGAACUAUGUCGAGGAAAAUGCCAUGAUAUGUCAACCAUCAGCCAUACAUAUUUGCGACGGGUCAGAAACGGAGAAUACAAGUCUAUUGAAGAUGUUAGAGAAGGAGGGAGUCAUUAAACCACUGUCAAAAUAUGAAAACUGUUGGUUGGCCAAGACUGACCCCGCUGAUGUUGCAAGAGUUGAGAGCAAAACUUUUAUAUCAACCCCUAAAAAACGUGACACAAUCCCAACCCCCAAGGAUGGCGUCAAAGGCACCCUGGGUAAUUGGAUGUCUCCCGAAAAACUCCAAAAUUCACUCAAUGACAGAUUUCCAGGCUGUAUGAAAGGUCGCACAAUGUAUGUGAUUCCAUUCAGUAUGGGUCCAGUUGGGUCACCACUCUCCAAGAUCGGUGUACAGUGCACAGACUCUGCCUAUGUAGUGGCCAGCAUGCGAGUCAUGACCAGAAUGGGACAGAAAGUUCUAGACACUCUGGGAAAUGGUGACUUCAUUAACGCACUUCACUCUGUGGGACAACCCCUCCCCAUGGCCAAGCCCCCAGUCAACAACUGGCCCUGCAACCCAGAGAAGACCAUAGUUGCACAUAUACCAGAAAACAAUGAGAUCUGUUCAUUCGGAAGUGGAUAUGGCGGCAAUUCUCUACUUGGGAAGAAAUGUUUUGCUUUGAGACUAGGAAGUAUUAUUGCGAGAGAUGAGGGUUGGCUGGCAGAGCACAUGCUGAUCCUGGGUAUUACCAACCCACAAGGUCAGAAGAAAUAUGUGGCUGCUGCCUUCCCAUCUGCUUGCGGGAAAACCAAUCUAGCCAUGAUGAACCCCUCCCUCCCAGGCUGGAAAGUGGAGUGUGUUGGAGAUGACAUCGCCUGGAUGCGAUUUGACGAUGAGGGACGUCUACGUGCUAUCAACCCAGAAGCUGGAUUCUUCGGGGUUGCUCCAGGCACCUCUGACUCAACCAACCCUAAUGCAAUGAAAACUGUACGCUCAAAUACUAUAUUUACAAAUGUAGCCGAGACCAGUGAUGGAGGGUUCUUUUGGGAAGGCAUGGAGAAUGAAGUUGACCCAAAUUCCAAGAUCACAUCAUGGCUCGGAGAGGAAAACUGGAAGGCUGGAGGCAAACCAGCUGCCCACCCUAACUCCAGGUUUUGCACCCCUGCAGCACAGUGUCCCAUCAUGGACCCACUCUGGGAGGAUGCUAAGGGUGUCCCCAUAGAUGCUAUCAUUUUUGGAGGCCGUAGACCUAAAGGUGUUCCAUUGGUCUACGAGGCAUUCAACUGGCGCCAUGGUGUAUUCAUGGGUGCAGCUAUGCGAUCAGAGUCAACUGCAGCCGCCGAACAUAAAGGUAAAGUGAUUAUGCAUGAUCCAUUUGCAAUGAGACCAUUCUUCGGCUACAACUUUGGCGACUACCUGAAGCACUGGCUGAGCAUGGAGCAGAAACCUAACCGCCAUCUUCCCAAGAUUUUCCACGUCAACUGGUUCCGCAAGGGAGAUGACAACAAAUUCAUGUGGCCAGGAUUCGGGGAGAAUGUUCGUGUUUUGGACUGGAUUUGCCGCCGUGUAAAUAACGAUGACUGUGGGAAAGACAGUGCAAUCGGGAUUAUCCCAAAAACUGACGCUAUUAACCUCGAUGGACUAACAGACAGUGUUGAUAUGGACGCGAUAUUCAAUUUACCAAAAGACUUCUGGCAACAAGAAGUAAAGGAAAUUCGAAAAUACUUUGAUGAACAGGUGAAUGUGGACUUGCCAGAUGAAAUAGACAACCAGCUCAAUGGGCUUAGAGAAAGAGUCAAAAAGAUGUAGACUCAUUAUGAAUCAAUUCCUACCUAAGAAAGUAAUGUGAUGUAGUGAUCCUUUUAUCAGAUAUUAGUGGGUGGACUGAACUUGAUGUACAAAUGUACAGAUAUUAUAAAUGUUCUGUGUUAUAUUUUAUUAUGUAAAUGCAUGGGUUUUAUGAGCCAGGGGACAUUCUGCAUAUCAGUUUUGUAAAUAUGUAUUAAAUAACUGAAAAAAUGAACUGCCUAAUGUGGCUAAUGCAAUGUAAUAUUGCCUUCAUAGUUGACUGUUUCCAUAGCAACACAUUGUUACCAUAGUAACUGUUUUAUAACAACAGCGUGUUUCUAUGGAAACAGCGUUAUUUUAUCACACCUCAUUUUUAUGAAUAUAUUGUUAUUUGUGGUGUUAACUGCCAUGUAUCAUGGUUAGAUAUUGUAAAUCAUAUUGUAGUGUGAUGUCAAUGCAUGUGAGGGUGAUGUACAUGUACAAUAUGUUUCUGUUUCAACAUAAUGCUUUUUGUGCAUCUCUCAUUGAUGCUGAUUUUUAGUUUUGAAAUUGAGUUCAUCUAUUUAGAAUUGUACAUACUUUGAAUCUGUUGCGAUUUAAACAUCAACUAAAUGUUCCAUGUUGGUAUUUUAGUGCAUAUUAGGUGCAUCAAACUUGAGAAUCAGGCGGUCGAUUUAAGUGACUAUGCAAAUGAAAAUCUAUGAAAUAUGUAUUUGAAUAUCUUUAUUUUUUAACUACAGUACAAUUCAAAUAUGUAUUACAUAAAUUAUUAUGAUCUUAAAAAUGAAUAACAUGCUAUGAUCAUGUAGCAUUUAGCUGAACAGUGCAGUAAUUGAGCAUAUAUGAUAAUAAUUGUACAUAUUAAAUAAAUACUGUUAAAUGAGACAGUAUGUGAUCUUAUAUUAGUAGUUGAGAAAGCAUGAAUAAAUUAUAGUCUUUCACUGUAAUGAGUUAUUUUAAUUUACGCACACUGAUACACCAUAGUAUUUCUUAUAUUUUAACAUGUUGAAUUGUAACUGCAUGUGCCAUCUAGGCCUAUAUGGGAAAUCAAUAUGUAAUAAUUAGGGUACUAAAUACAAUAAAACUUUGAAACACUUUA